CGCGACCGCGGUGGUGAGUCCACGUCCUGUCGCCCCAAACUCGCAAAUAAUUACGACAAAAAUAACUAGUAACAAUACUAUGCAAUGUGAUUCAGAUAUUUUUGCAGCUUCAUCAUUGAAUCAAAGAUGAAAGCGUGGUCAGCCCACGAGCAAGAUACGACGCUGUCUUGCUGCAGAACUUUGCACGUGAAACACGCAGCUUACGCGAGUGCCCUGUACACAUUAAAUAUAUCAAUCCUGGUGGUGCUUUUAUACAGUUGGAGGAUUGGUGUUAACGCCAAAAGAUACAAAGAACUUGACGAUGUCUAUUACGGUGUUCAGAUAGCGUAUUUUGCAAUCAUUGGAACACAAAUGUUUAUGAUUGUGCUCAGCAUAUUCCUAUUUUACGGAAUUUAUAAAGAAAACGUCGCCUUUCUCGUUCCAUGGGUAGUUGGCUGCAUGACCUUCAUGGCUUUGGAGGCGAUGGCAAUGGUGUACUCUAACAUACUACGGGAUCACGUCAAUAAACAAUUCGACGCGAUGUGCAAAGCGGAAAUAUCAUUCUUAAUACCGAGAAUUCUUCUGAAUUGUCUAUGUAUAUGGUGCGUGUUGCGAUUAUAUCAUCUCCUAAGAGCCGGUAUCACGUGGAAAGGUUCCGCGGCUAUCGAGCUGUGACUAAUGCGUCAGCCAGACGUCCGAAUAGACUCGCCUAGCCGCCCCCUUCCCUGUGAAACAAGUCUCCUUCUCGGCGGGGCGGAAAGCGACACUGACGCGAGUUUGCACUCACUAUGACACAAAUGAGUUCUUACAGUUAGUGUGAAUUUUGCUCGUAAUUAUGUGUUAUAUCCGGACUUCUGAUAACAAAUGAAAUCGUACAAAUGAUUGUUAUACUAUAUUUAUGCAAUAUUCGAUUUAAUAUAAUUACUAAUUUAAAUACAAAUAU